AUGUUUGAUUAUGCUUAUUAUUCAACCAAUGCAUAUCUGCUAGCGCAAUACAAGCUCUCCCAACUUUGUGGUGCAUUCACCAACAAGAAAUUCACCAGGUGCACCCUUUGUAAGAAAUCAUUUGACAAUGAAGAGCAACUACAAGUUCAUGUUAAGACUUGCAAGAAGCUCACCGACGAGUGGAAAAAGUUUGAGCUUGAAAUCGACGACUGGGCUAAAAUCUUUACAAUAUACCAAGAGAGGGUUUAUAACGCAUCAACGGCUUGUGCUGAAUGUGGACCAUGGAGUAUGUACCGUAUCUUAGUCAAACGAGAUUUCAACACCGCACGAGGUCAAGUUCUUGAUGCACUUCCUGCGUUUUUUGAUGCGCUAUUCAUUCGCUUCCUGGAGAAAAACAAAGAUGUGGCAAACUUCAUAUCUUCCAAAGAGCCAGCUCAGAAAACGGUACACUUGGCCUUCCUCAAGAAAGGAAAGGAAAAAGAAAAAAUCGGGAAAGUUGGAAAAUGUGAGAACGGUCCUCAAUUAGCAGAAGAUGCUGGUGAUCUCAUUUUAAAUUUUUUGGAUGGCACUGACAUUGACGAUUGGGAUGGCUACUGGAACAACUCAGAAGACGAGGAAUGUGAUGAUGACUUUUGUGAUUCGGAGGACGAUGGUGGCUAA